CUCCUCUAUGGUCUGAUGCUGAACUCCUGAUUGGUUGAUGGCUGCUGAUGGUAACAAAGUUGAUUCUACAAGUAAUGCAUUGUAGCCGUGUUGGAGGACUUGCAACAUUACAAUUCCUGUCACAGACAACAUGCCGGUCAUGAGGACGUUAACACGCGCAGUGAAGCAUGUGCUGCAGAGCCCUGCAUGUGGCUGUCAGACCGUCACCUCUGUGCGUUUCAUCGGCUUCUCACCACGUCAGGUGCCAUCUGAUGCCAGCUUCCAUUCGGUAUCCUUCUCUGAAGCCGACCAUCCUCGGGUGCUAAUCACUGGGGGAUUGGGUCAGCUGGGUGUCGGGCUGGCAGCACUGCUUAGGAAAAGGUUCGGGAAAAACAACGUGAUCCUCUCAGAUAUCCGUAAACCUCCAGAUAGCGUCUUCUAUAGCGGACCUUUCAUUUACUCUGAUAUUUUGGACUACAAAAACCUCCGUGAAAUUGUGGUGAAUAAUCGCAUCACCUGGUUAAUACACUACAGCGCGCUGCUCAGUGCGGUCGGCGAGGCGAAUGUCGCUUUGGCCAGAUCAGUCAAUAUAACUGGUUUACAUAAUAUUCUGGAUAUUGCGGCUGAACACGGGUUACGGCUGUUUGUCCCCAGCACAAUUGGAGCGUUCGGUCCAACCUCGCCCAGAAACCCGACUCCGGAUUUGUGCAUACAGAGGCCGAGGACAAUCUAUGGGGUGUCUAAAGUCCAUGCAGAGCUAAUGGGAGAGUAUUAUAACUACCGGUAUGGACUGGACUUCCGAUGCCUCCGAUACCCAGGGAUCAUUUCUGCAGAUUCCCAGCCAGGAGGAGGAACAACAGAUUACGCCGUCCAGAUCUUCCAUGAUGCCAUUAAAACCGGAAGGUUUGUCUGCAACUUGAAACCAAAUACUCGCUUGCCCAUGAUGUACAUCGACGACUGUCUGAGGGCCACGGUGGAGGUGCUCCAGGCCCCCUCAGAGUCCCUCACCAUGAGGACGUACAACAUCAAUGCAAUGAGCUUCAGCCCCGAGGAGCUGACACAAGAGGUGCAGAAACAUCUACCCGAGCUGGAAGUUGUGUACAGUGUGGACGCGGUACGACAAGCCAUCGCGGACAGCUGGCCGAUGAACUUCGAUGACGAUAACGCUCGCAAGGACUGGGGCUGGAAACAUGAAUACGAUCUGCCUGAACUGGUAACGACAAUGCUUGGAUACUUGAACAGCGAGCGCCUGGCCGUGCAAGCCAACUGAGACCAAUUUCAAUGACCACCAACCCCCAUGUCAUGUCACAGUGUACAAUGGCCGCAUGUCCUGGAUGGGAAACUUGAUCAGCACCCACCGCAAGUCCACCCAAUUGCUGCCAUCGCAUAUCUAUUGUAUGUAUAUGUGUGUGGACAUUACUUUUAUUUUUUUUUUAAUUGGUUAGGAGUGGCAUGAUGUGAAUCCAUGGAACAUUACUUGAAAUCUUCUAUUUUCAGGGUCAGUACAGCAGUAGUCAUCCUGCUUCUUUUUACAAUGAUAAAAGCUGAACUCCUGCCCAUCAGUCUUGCGCGGUUGUAGCGGCUCCUCUCCGGUACUGAAAUGGCUUACUCCGAUUUCACUGCACACCGUGAGCUUUUCGCAAUGUGCAUUAGAAGCUGCAGCAAGUCAGAUGGAGCCCCGCCCAUCAGUUCCUGGAUGGGCCUAAAGCCCACCCCUUCCGUUUUUUAUUAAUAUUGGUUUAUUUUUUUUCCCCCCAUCAUGGAGGCUCAGCAAAGGAAGUUUGCAUGCAAAUACAGUGGCCGCUCCUCCCAGGCUGACACCUACCCAGCAAGGUAUUUUAAUCUUUGCAUAACUCCUCCCAAGAUCCAGCCCACUGCUUGCAUCAGGACUGAGCGGACUAUAGAGGCAGGGUGCUGCACCUUGCGAGCUCCUCCCACCAGGCAUGACCUGCCUGUAUUGCAUAGACGAGUACAAACACCUAGUAAUGGCAUCACUGGGUGUAAAAUGAUGUAAAAUUAUGGCUUUUUUUUUAAUUAAAAUGUUGACGAGGGGGGGAACUGGGUAAGGCUUUACAAGCUUUAAAGUGGACCUGUACUCAGU